UAUUGUGAAUGAAAAGUUGGACUUUGCUCCAGUAGAGGAUAGACGAACUCUCUUUUUGAUAUUUUGACACAAUUACAACGUAGACAUGGCUCUGGCUAAAGUAUCAUCUUGCAGUAAAAAUAAUAUCACAUUCUUAGCUCAGAAAUUCCACAAGCUUGGGCCAUGCCUAGGAUCAAACAGUGUUUUUCGUCUCAAAUCUUCAACAAGUGAUGACAGGUAUAUCAUCCCAAAGACCGUCGUCCCUACCUUCCACUAUCAGAAGAGCUUGCCUCGACUGCCAAUUCCAAAGCUUGAGGACACUUGUCGGCGGUAUCUUGAUUCACAGAAACCUCUGCUAACUCCUGAACAAUACCAGUACACAAAGAACAUCACAGAAAAGUUCCAGAAACAGGAAGGACCUGCACUCCAUGCAGAUCUUAUAAAAAAGGACAAAAUGAACAAGCAUACAAGCUAUAUUGCCGAGCUUUGGUAUGACAUGUAUCUGAAGGAACGGAACUCUAUUGUCUUGAACCACAACCCAUUUAUGUGUUUUAUUGAUGAUCCUAAGCCAGAACAGAAUGACCAGCUGAUACGAGCCACAAACAUCAUCUACUCUGCUAUGAGGUUUAAGAAUGCCCUAGAUGAUCUAACCCUAGAACCUGACAUCUUCCAUCUUAACCCUAAAAAGAGUGAUACUGACUGGUUUAAAAACAUUAUAAGGUUUGUGCCAGGCAGUCUAUCCUGGUAUGGCGCCUUCCUGGUCAAGGCGUUCCCCCUCGACAUGAGCCAGUAUGGGCGGCUAUUCUGCUCCACCCGUAUCCCCCACCCCGGCAAAGACAAGCUGGCAACACACGAAGGAGCCAGACAUAUGCUUAUCAUGCACAAGGGAAAGUUCUUUGUAUUUGACACCCUGACCACAGAUGGUAAUAUAGUCUCUACUUCCACAAUCUACGAGAACCUGAAACAAAUAUUGAAUGACCCUGAACAAUCCCCUGAGUUUCCAAUCGGCUUGUUGACUACAGACGAGCGAGAGACAUGGGCACGGCUCAGACAGGCAAUCACUGCUAUUCCUGCCAAUCAAGAGGCGAUGAGAUUGAUUGACAGCGCCAUUUUUACCAUCUGCCUGGACGAUGAGGUCCCGAGUGACCCUAUGCACUUGGCCAGAAUCAUGCUACAUGGGGAUGGCGGGAACAGGUGGUUUGACAAGUCCUUCCAACUGGUUAUCUGCAAACAAGGUACUUCCGCCGUCAACUUUGAGCACGCCUGGGGAGAUGGGGUAGCAGUACUACGAUUCUUCAAUGAGGUCUUCAAAGAUACCACGACCCGCCCUGCUCUCACUGCGGACGCCGCACGAGGAAUGACAGGAGAGAGCACGUUGAGGAAACUUCACAUUACCCUGACGCCCGAGAUCGAGCGGGGGGUGGCUGCAGCACAGAAGAGAUUUAAUAAGGUCACUGGCGACCUGGAUAUGGACACGCUAGAAAUCACCGACUUUGGCAAGAACCAUCUGAAGAGCAAGAAAGUCAGUCCUGAUGCUUUUAUGCAACUCGCAUUUCAGAUGGCUAUCUACCGGCAGCUUGGGCAUUUUGUGCCCACUUACGAGUCUUGUAGCACGGCUGCCUUCAGGCAUGGUCGAACGGAGACAAUCAGGCCCGCGAGCAAUCCAACAGUGGCGUGCAGCGAGGCAUUUAACACGGCACACCGCGCGGGCGUUGACGAGAUGAUGGAUCGGAUCCGAAAGGCGACAGCCUGGCACGCGAAGCUUACCAAGGAAGCAGCCAUGGGUCAAGGUUUCGACCGUCACCUUUUUGCCCUUCGAACAAUAGCCACCGCAGCCGGACAAAAACCGGACAUAUUCGAGGACGAGGCGUACUCUCGCAUCAACCGCAUCUAUCUCUCCACCAGUACCCUUUCCAGUCCCGCCAUCCUCCUCGGAGGGUUUGGUCCUGUCAUACCGGAAGGCUUGGGGGUAGGCUAUGCUAUAUUUGACGAUAGGCUCGGGUGCAAUGUCACCUGUUACAAGGGAGGGGCUGACGUACGGGGAUUUUUAGAGUGCGUGAGAACAAGUAUUAACGACAUGCACGCAGUGAUGGAUGGCAAAAACUUCAAGAAAUAGCAACAUUGUUUGACACUGAAUGACCUUCACGAAGGAGACACUACCAAAACCUGGACACAUCUUAAACACAGGAGGUGCUUAUUUAACAAAUUUCCUUUGAAGCUUAUCGCUUUUAAAAAAGUCGAAUGUUGGAUGGCAAUAUUUUUUAUUUAAAAUAAAUAAUGAAACCCUCCAA